UCAAAAUAAACCUCAAAAGGAUUCAUCUCCAACCACAUCUCUCAAGGAAACAUGAAAACGGGAAUGGUUUUAGUGUUGCUUACAGUUUUCAUGGCUGUGAUGUCUUCUACAAGGGUCUCUGCUCAGUUGAACUGCAAAAACCUGAUCACGGGACUGGUUCCGUGUAUUCGCUACCUGACUAAUCCUACCUCUCUUGUUAAUCCGUCCUGCUGUGCGUCGAUGCGUAGAGUAUCCCAAAAUUCUCGUGACUGUUUUUGUCUAUUCCUCAACAAUGGCUUGAAUCUCCCUAUGAAUUUUAUCCAAACACGAAUUCCUGGUCUGCCAUUGGCUUGUGGAGUUUCCACUGGGUGUAACAUUAAGGGAACAGGAAAUUGA